AAAAUAAACACGUUCCAAUUGCUAACUAACUAACCUCACUUUUUCGUAACUUUAUAUUCGAUAAGAACAAAUAAAUCGUUAUGGCAUCGACAAAAAGAAAAAGGGUGUCGAAAAAACUGAAAAGCGCUUGGCGCAAGCACGCCAACGUCGCGGACGUGGAAGAUUUCCUCGAAGAAAAGCGUUCGGAGGAGAGAUUAGGAGAGCUGACCACCGUUCCGGACGAGGCGCUUUUCCGAAUAGAUUCCCAGGUGUCCAAAGACAUCCCAGUGCUUAGGAACAGAAAGAAACUCGCCGCCGCCAAGGAACUAAAAUGUUUUUCCGCUCUUAGACCUUACACGAACGUCCCCGAUCCCGUUACGAAGAGGAACAGAGUGAGAACCAAGGAGGAAAGACAAAGCGUUUUCGUUAGAAAUAAAAAGAGUGCGAAGACAAGCAAACUGGUCAAACAAACGGGCAAACCGUUAUCGAAGAAAAAGGAACCCAAACGAGGAGAAUUCAAUACGAAUUUAUGGGAAGAAGGAAAUGUGAAUAAUCCAAGCACAGACGAAUGGGUAGAUAGUAAUACUGUGAAGCAUAAUUCGAACGAAGUUAGAAAAACCAGGCAAUCUAAUAAACACAAAUCUCCUGCUAUAGAACUGCCACAUCCAGGUAUGUCGUAUAAUCCCAGCUACGAAGACCACCAAGAUCUGCUCAGACAAGUCGCAGAAAAAGAAGAGAAACUGAUAAAGGAAGAGGAACACCUACACAGAGUAACGAGAGGCAUGUUUUCCAAGGUGACUGAGGAACAACGGGAUCAGAAUUGGCUGCUUGACAUGUCCCAAGGGCUAGCGAAUACGAAAUCCCCUCAAGAGGAAGAAGAAGACGAAAGUGACGAGCAAGAUGGCGUUACUAACCGGUCGGUUAAAAACAACAAGAAAACCCUGAAACAAAGGAGGAAGAAGAAGGAGCAUUUGGAGGCCGAGAAGCUCAGGAGACAGUUGAAACUUCAAAAGAAAAAAAUCACAGACAUCCACAAUCUGAAGAAAAUAAUGAAUAACAUCGCAACAGUAGAAACGAAGCAAACCAUUCGAAAUAAGAUCACUCAAAAGAAAAAAGAGGAAAAAAAGAAGAAGACGAAAACCUUGAGCGCCACGAAGUUCGAAGAGCCCGAUUUGGAGUUUAAUCUGGGCAGGGAAAUCGCGGGCAAUCUGAGAGAUUUGAAAACCGAAGGGAACCUGCUGAACGAUCGAUUCAAGAGCAUGCAAAAGAGGAACAUAUUGGCCCCCACGAAGAGGCAGACCUUUAAGAAGCCGAAGGUUAAGAAAUUCACCAAAGCCACACACAAGGAGGGCGAUUGGAAGAAAAGCGUAGCGAAAUGUUUCAAGGAUUGAGUACUUUAAUUCUCAAUUUAAUUUUGUAACACUUGUAAAUUUCCAAGUUUCAUAUUGUUGAUGCAAUUGUUGCUGUAAUUAAUGGGUUAAAUAAAAACUUACAAAAC